UGAGAUAAAAGGCUGGGUAGGUGAAUGUGGACGGUUGGAAAGAUCUCGUUCAGCAAACCCUAGAUUAGAAAUCUGUUUUCAGUCUCUCCCUCUCCCGUGAUCAAACAUGACGGAGUCCAGUGACGCCGGAGGUUCCAGUGCUAGUAAGAUCGGAACCUUACGUCUCGCCAGUGACAUCGAGAUCAAUGACUUCAUCGACCUCUCUGGGAAACCCUGCAGGGUUGUUGAUUUCUACACGAAGGGAGGCCUUUGUCACUUUGGCGCCAUAAAUAUGUUAACUGGCAACAUGGUGAGGAGCAUUGUUCCCCCUUCCACACAGUUUGUUAUUCCAGAUGUGAGCCGUGAUCUUUACCAGUUGACGGGUAUCUCCUACAAGGAUGAUACUGUUACCCUUCUGCAUCGUAGCGGUGCCUACACUAGGGACGAUAUCUUUCUUCCCCGGAACAGGAACCUCAGGACCAUGAUGGUUGAUGGAUUCAACAAUGGUAACAGCGUUGUUGUGGGUAUCGUCACUUCAUUGGGGCAGGAUGCUGUUUAUGCCGUCGAUGUCUACCAGGCCGGUACAGCUAUUACUUUCGAUCCCAAUGAUGAUCUUUUGAACCAAAGCAAAACAAAUGACAGUAGUAAUGUUGUUUUGGUCAGAAAUGUUGGCUUCUAAGAAAUAACUAGUCCCUAAUUGUCUUGCCAUGGGCACAAUGCCAGACAAUUACUGAACCCGAACCCUGAUAUUAAGUCUUUGGUUAUCCUAGUAUUGUAACAACAACACUCAGGAAGAUAAAACAUUAUGUAGUUGUUUUUGUGUGUUGUUGUUUUAUUUCUCUUCAAAAAAAUAAAAAUUAUCUGGGUGUUGGUUAUUUUGGUAAAUAAAAUAAAUGU